AUGGCUCUGUUCGAGGAGGAAAUGGAUACCAGUCCAAUGGUCUCCUCUCUGCUCAGCAGUCUUGCCAACUACUCAAACCUGCCAACGGGCAGCAAAGAACACGAAGAGGCCGAGAAUAACGAGGAGGGGGCUCGUCCGUCUAAAAAACCUGCUCCACAGCUGGGUACUCUGAUGGGCGUGUACUUGCCGUGCAUCCAGAACAUUUUCGGGGUGAUCCUCUUCCUGCGGAUGACCUGGAUGGUCGGGGUUGGAGGCGUCUUUGGCUCCUUUAUAAUUGUCUUCAUGUGUUGCUCCACAACAAUGCUCACAGCCAUCUCCAUGAGUGCCAUCGCAACAAAUGGAGUCGUACCAGCUGGAGGUUCGUAUUACAUGAUCUCUCGCUCUUUGGGGCCAGAGUUUGGUGGAGCUGUCGGGAUCUGCUUCUACUUAGGCACCACCUUUGCAGGUGCCAUGUACAUUCUUGGCUGUAUUGAAAUUGUGCUGAUUUACAUCCUUCCUCAGGCAGCCAUCUUUAAGAUUGAGGGCCUGGAGGGGGCUGAGGCCGAGGAGGCUCUCCUCAACAACAUGCGGGUGUACGGCACCAUCGUGCUGAGCUUAAUGUCACUGUUAGUGUUUGUGGGGGUCAAAUAUGUGAACAAGCUGGCCCUCGUCUUCCUGGCUUGUGUCAUCCUCUCCAUCGUGGCUGUUUAUGCCGGAGUCAUCAAGACAGCUAUUGACCCCCCCGUCUUCCCCGUCUGCCUCCUGGGAAAUCGAACUCUCAUGUCUAAAGGAUAUGACAUCUGUGCAAAAGUCAUGGAUAUAGACAAUGAAACUGUCACCACCAAACUGUGGAGGACCUUCUGUGAUUCUGACAGCCUCAAUGCCACUUGUGACGAAUACUUUAACAACAACAAUGUGACAGAGAUACAGGGCAUCCCAGGGGUCACCAGUGGCAUCCUGGCAGAAAACCUGUUUGGUAACUACCUGGAAAAAGGCAUGUUCCUGGAGAAGCGAGGGAUUGCAUCAGAAGCCAAUCCAGACAGUCCUCCACCCGGCUCCAACCGUUACGUCCUGGCUGACAUUACCAGCUUCUUCACCCUGCUGGUCGGGAUAUACUUCCCAUCUGUCACAGGUAUCAUGGCGGGCUCCAACCGCUCCGGAGACCUGCGUGAUGCUCAAAAGUCCAUCCCCAUUGGCACGAUUGCAGCGAUCACCACCACCUCUAUUGUGUACAUGUCCACUGUGAUCCUGUUUGGUGCCUGUAUAGAAGGAGUAGUCCUAAGGGACAAGUUCGGUGAAGGAGUCAAUGGUAACCUGGUGAUUGGGACUCUGGCAUGGCCGUCUCCCUGGGUCAUUGUGUUUGGCUCCUUCUUUUCCACUUGUGGAGCGGGACUCCAGAGUCUGACUGGAGCUCCACGUCUCCUGCAGGCUAUCUCUCGGGACGGCAUCAUUCCAUUUCUUAGAGUGUUUGGGCACGGCAAGGCCAACGGGGAGCCCACCUGGGCCCUUCUGCUAACAACUAGCAUCUGUGAGAUCGGCAUCCUCAUCGCCUCCCUGGAUGCAGUCGCGCCUAUCCUCUCUAUGUUCUUCUUGAUGUGCUACAUGUUUGUCAACCUUGCCUGCGCCCUGCAGACUUUGCUAAGGACCCCAAACUGGAGGCCGCGCUUUAAAUUCUACCACUGGGCUCUGUCUUUCUUGGGUAUGAGCUUGUGCCUGUCGCUCAUGUUCAUCUGUUCCUGGUAUUACGCCAUGCUCGCUAUGGGCAUCGCCACCUGCAUCUACAAAUACAUUGAGUUCUGCGGAGCGGAGAAGGAGUGGGGUGAUGGGAUACGUGGCAUCUCUCUCAGUGCUGCACGCUUCGCCCUCAUGAGGCUGGAGGAAGGACCGCCACACACCAAGAACUGGAGGCCUCAGAUGCUGGUUCUAGUGAGCGUGGAUGCUGAGCAGAACGUAGAGCAGCCUCGUCUGCUCUCUCUGACCAAUCAGCUAAAGGCAGGGAAGGGUCUGACUAUUGUUGGCACCUCAGUUCAAGGAACCUUCCUCGACAAUUUCACUGAGGCCCAGAGGGCAGAUCAGUCGCUGCGUAAAUUGAUGGAGACGGAGAAGGUGAAGGGUUUCUCUCAGGUGGUCAUCUCCUCCAAUCUGAGAGAUGGGACGUCCCAUCUGAUUCAAGUUGGUGGACUGGGAGGUCUGAAGCACAACUCUGUGAUGGUCAGCUGGCCCCGAAACUGGAAACAGCCAGAAUGCCACGAGCAGUUCAGGAACUUUAUUGAGGUGGUUAGAGAGACAACUGUAGCCAGUCUGGCCUUGUUGGUUCCUAAGAAUAUCGCCAGCUACCCGUCCAAUGGAGAGCGCUUCACUGAAGGACACAUAGAUGUGUGGUGGAUUGUCCAUGACGGAGGCAUGUUGAUGCUCCUGCCCUUCCUGCUGAGACAGCAUAAGGUGUGGAGGAAGUGCAAGAUGCGCAUUUUCACUGUGGCUCAAAUGGAUGACAAUAGUAUUCAGAUGAAGAAAGACCUCAUCACCUUCCUCUAUCACCUGCGCAUUGAUGCUGUGCAUGACGGUGACAUCUCGGCCUACACCUAUGAGAAGACAUUGGUAAUGGAACAACGAUCACAGAUCCUCAAACAGAUGCAUUUGACCAAGAAUGAGAAGGAGAGAGAGAUCCAGAGCAUUACGGAUAUAUCCCGUGGGUCCAUUCGGCGUAAAAACCCAUCGGCCUUGCGCUCGCAGCACAGCCCUGAUGAAGGAGCCAGCGUUGCAGAACAAACAGAAGACCAGGUGCAUCUGAUCCACAGUAAGAACCCCUCCACACCAGCCAGCCCCACAAGCCCCACGUCUCCCGCUGUGCCUGCAGGGGGUGCCACAACCUGGACGGACAACAAGGGGGCAGAGAAGGGAAAGAGCCCUUCAGAAGGGAACCCAGAGGUGGGCAGAGACCCCUUCAACAUGAAGCCAGAAUGGGAGCACUUGAGCCAGGUUGACGUGAGGCGCAUGCACACGGCGAUGAGGCUCAAUGAGGUCAUCAUGAAGAAGUCAAAGGAGGCAAAACUCGUCCUGCUCAACAUGCCGGGACCACCCAAGAACCGUGUGGGCAAUGAAAACUACAUGGAGUUCCUCGAGGUGCUCACUGAAGGUCUCAAUCGGGUCCUCCUUGUGCGUGGCGGAGGACGGGAGGUCAUCACCAUCUACUCUUGA